AUGUCGUGGAUAUGUCCCUUUUUCCUGCAGAGAAUGUUAGAAAUUUUAGCAUAGUCGCUCAUGUGGACCAUGGCAAAAGUACUUUAGCAGACAGGCUGUUGGAAAUAACAGGAACAAUUGCCAAAACUGCCCAUAACAAACAAGUGCUGGAUAAAUUGCAAGUGGAGCGGGAAAGAGGAAUCACUGUCAAAGCUCAGACUGCCUCUCUUUUUUAUAACCAGGAAGGAACAAAUUACCUUUUAAAUCUCAUCGACACGCCUGGCCAUGUAGAUUUUAGCUAUGAAGUAUCCCGAUCAUUGUCUGCUUGUCAAGGUGUCUUGCUUGUUGUGGAUGCGAACGAGGGCAUUCAGGCUCAAACGGUGGCAAACUUUUAUCUUGCUUUCGAAGCGCAACUCUCAAUAAUUCCUGUUAUAAAUAAGAUUGAUCUAAAGAAUGCCGAUCCUGAGAGGGUUGAAAAACAAAUUGAAAAAGUAUUUGAUAUCCCCAAAGAAGACUGUAUUAGGAUUUCUGCCAAACUCGGAACAAAUGUUGAAAAAAUACUUCAGGAAGUUAUUGCAAGGAUCCCCCCGCCCACGAUCAGCACUUGUGACCCGCUGAAGGCUCUGGUGUUCGAUUCUACCUUUGAUCAUUACCGAGGGGUCAUCGCUAACAUAGCGCUGUUUGGCGGGGAGGUCCGUAAGGGCCAUAAGAUAAUGUCAGCUAACACAAAAAAGACUUACGAAGUUAAUGAAGUAGGAAUUCUGACACCCAACGAGCUACCAACACAUAAACUAUAUGCGGGCCAGGUGGGCUACCUGAUUGCUGGAAUGAAAGAGAUUACAGAAGCCCAAAUCGGAGACACACUCUGUUUACAUAACCAACCAGUGGAGCCACUGCCGGGGUUUCAGCCAGCGAAGCCAAUGGUCUUUGCAGGAAUGUACCCAGUAGACCAGUCGGAAUACAGCAACCUGAAAAGUGCUAUAGAAAAACUGACCCUGAACGAUUCCAGCGUUACUGUUCACCGUGAUAACAGCGCUGCCCUGGGAGCCGGGUGGAGGUUGGGUUUUCUUGGCCUCUUACAUAUGGAAGUUUUUAAUCAGCGUUUGGAACAAGAAUACAACGCAUCUGUCAUCUUGACAGCACCCACAGUUCCCUAUAAGGCGGUUCUUUCGUCAGCAAAAUUGAUAAAGGCACAUAGGAAAGAGGAGAUAACCAUUAUAAAUCCCGCCGCGUUUCCUGAUAAGUCAACAGUGGUGGAAUAUUUGGAGCCUACUGUGAUGGGCACCAUCAUAACACCUGAUGAACAUAUCAGCAAAAUAAUCACUCUGUGCCAGAGUCGAAGGGCUGUUCAGAAGGACCUGGUGUACAUCGACGAUCACAGAGUCAUGAUGAAGUAUCUCUUUCCGCUGAAUGAAAUUGUAGUUGAUUUCUACGAUGCUUUGAAAUCCCUCUCCUCUGGAUAUGCCAGUUUUGACUAUGAAGAUGCAGGAUACCAGACUGCAGAUCUUGUCAAGAUGGACAUCCUUUUAAAUGGAAAUGCCGUAGAAGAACUGAUAACUAUUGUACACAAGGACAAGGUGUACAAAGAGGGUAAAGUUCUGUGUGAACGCUUAAGAGAUGUUAUUCCAAGACAACUGUUUGAAAUAGCAAUUCAAGCAGCGGUUGGAAAAAAAAUAAUUGCAAGAGAAACGGUGAAAGCAUAUAGAAAAAAUGUCCUGGCAAAAUGUUAUGGUGGAGAUAUUUCGCGGAAAACGAAGCUUUUGAAGAGGCAAGCCGAAGGAAAGAAGAAGCUGAGGAAAAUUGGGAAUGUGGAAGUGCCCAAGGAUGCCUUCAUCAGUGUUCUAAAGAGACAGCCUGACAAGUAGCUUGAAAGU